GAGCUACACAGUUGCGUCGCGGUUCUCUUGCGAGAUGCAUGCGUCCGAGGAACCCUAUUACAAGAUCAAUCGAAUCAUUCUCAAGAUACUAGGCUUAUGGCCGUAUCAGCAGUCGCGUCUAGUACGAAUGCAGAAUGUGCUGCUUAUCGUUAUUCUUACGUCAUUUAUCAUAGUGCAGUUGCUGGUGUUGGUUACAACACAGUAUAACACGAACAUCCUCUUCAGGGUCCUCUCGUUUACCUUACCCAGUAUUUUCGUCACGAUCAAAUACUGCCUCUUUGUCGUUCAGACGAACAGCGUGAAACAUUUGUUGGAUAAAAUUCACGAGGACUGGAACUCCCUGAGAGAUAAAAUGGAAAUUGAGAUUAUAAAAAAGUACGCUUGCCAAGGGAGGUUUUUCACAAUUACGAUGAUGUCGUUUUGUUAUUUUGGCAUUACUAUUUGCGGGAUGUUCCAACUUCUACCGAUAAUUCUGGAUAUUGUGUCGCCGCUUAACGAAUCAAGACCAAAUCAACUUGUCGUGAGAACGCAAUACUUUGUUAACGAGAAAAAAUAUUUCUAUACCAUUUUAACACACGAGAUAAUAGUCGGCUGCGUAGGAGCAACCGCAAUGUGCAUCACUAUUGCGACACUUGUGAUGUACACCCAUCACAUAUGUGCGCUUUUAAAAAUAGCCAGUCACCGUAUAGAGAACGCGAUCAAGAAGAACACGUUGGCGGUUCCUGGGCCUAGAAGAGACUCUCUCUUUUAUCAGAGAAAGAUCGUGCACGCGGUCAUUAUUCAUCAAAGAGCCAUCAAAUUCAUCGAAUAUCUAAUGUCCAAGAUUAUAACAUCGUACACUGUUCUGAUCAUAGUCGGCGUCAGCUCACUGAGCUUCAGCCUCUUUCAAUUCCUUCAAUUGGUAACGUUAAUGGAUAAUACCAGUGAGAUAUUCAUAUUCGCUAUAUUAGUAAUAACUCACUUGGGCUACAUGUUCAUCGCUAAUUACGGCGGACAAGAAAUAACGGAGCACGGAAUAGAGCUGUUCAAAACAACCUACAAUGUACCGUGGUACACGUUACCUUUGCGAACGCAGAAAUUGCUUUUGUUUAUAAUGCAAAAAGGAACGAGAAACAUCACUUUAACAUGCGGCGGUUUAUUCGUCGCGUCCCUGGAAUGUUUCGCUUCGGUAAAAUAUAAACUCCUCGCACAAAGAAUUGAAUUUUAACGCUAAUCUAACGGGCAGUGCAACGUCUUUUCAGUUAACGAGUACGGCAGUCUCUUAUUUCACGGUGAUGUAUUCUACUCGGUCCGAAUAACGAAUCAAGAAAAGAAACUUAUCAGCCAAGCUCUGCUCCAA